ACCAACACAACAGAACCGCAUGGCGUCUUGACCUCAUCGGACGUCUACACUCUUUUGUUUUACACUCCUUUCGUUUCCGCACACAAUAACAAUAGACCACAGACUAUAGACCAACUAGUUUAAAUAAAGAACGUAACAAAAAGUUUUUAUAAAAAUAUUUUUACCUUCUCUCUGGUGCUGUUUAUGCCUUCUAUGUGUGUAUAAAGUUUCGUAUAUACAACUAGUUUUUAUGUGUGUGCCAGUGUGAAAGUUUUAAAGUUCCGACAUGAAUGGAGUGGUUGUGGAUUCCGAACGCAGCAAAGAAAUGGCGGGAAAUGUUGACAGACAUUCUGCAGUGGACGUGGUUGCAGACGCGACCAGGGAUCGUGACGUCAACAAAUGGCAGCCAACCGACCACGACAGGUUAUCAGCAUACACUGACCGGUCCUCCCUGCUACGUUCUCACACGGCCAAGUCAGCAGAGAGCAGCGGGCAAGGAUCUCCCAAAGCUAGGAGGAUACCCCGGGAGUCGCGCCGAGUGUCUCUCGCUCAGGCCUCGGGCUAUGUCCAGCUCAACCAGUACAGGUUGCUGGAACCGAUUGGUCAGGGUUCAUACGGGAUCGUUAAGUUAGCAUACAGCGAAGAAGAUGAUACACAUUAUGCAAUGAAGAUCCUGUCAAAACGCAAGCUAAUGCGGCGCGCAGGUUUGUUCGGCCGCGCGCCGCCGCGCAAGGCCGGCCCCGGCCCACCGCCGGAUCCGCUGCAGAGGGUGUACCGGGAGAUAGCAGUGCUGAAAAAACUCGACCACCCUAAUGUUGUCAAACUUGUUGAGGUGCUAGACGACCCAGCAGAAGACCAACUGUACCUGGUGUUCCAGCUGUUAGAAGGAGGGCCUGUGAUAGAGAUCCCGACGGAGAGCCCCCUCAGUGAGGAGACGUCCAGGAAGUACUUCAGAGACGUCGUCCUCGGCGUAGAAUAUUUGCACUUCCAGCGUAUUGCGCACCGCGACAUCAAGCCCGCGAAUCUGCUGAUGGGCGAGGGGCGCGUGCAGGUGGCGGACCUGGGCGCGUGCGGCGAGCUGGCGGGCGCGGGCCGCCUAUGCGGCGCCGUGGGCACGCCCGCCUUCCGCGCCCCGGAGGCGGUGCCCACCACGGACAAGUAUAUAGGAGAAGCAGCUGAUAUCUGGUCUCUGGGCGUGACCCUGUACGCCAUGGUGACGGGCAGGGUGCCGUGGAUCGGCGCCACGUCCACGGACCUGCAGAAGCGGAUCCUCUCCGAGCCCCUCACCUUCCCGCCCCGGCCGCAGCUGUCCAGGUCCCUCAAGAGGUUCCUAGCGCGAAUGCUGGACAAGGACCCCGUCACUAGAGCCACUAUGAAAGAGAUUAAGGAACACGAGUGGUUGACCCUCGGCGGCAAGGAGCCGCUGCCGUCGGAGGAGGAGAACUGCCGCCUGGUGGAGGUGACGGACGAGGACAUGGCGCGCGUCGUCACCUCCAUCCCCAACCUGUCCACACUCAUACUCAUCAAGACAAUGCUCAAGAAACAUAGCUUUCAGAAUCCUUUUUUACGCAGUCGCGAAGGCAGCGCUCGUCGCGAGUCUACGGACGCGAGCGCAGGCGCGGGCGCGGACGCGGGCGCGGCGGAGGACGCGGCGCGAGCAGACAGAGCCGCGCGCAGAGCUAACCUUGCACGCUCCGGACGAUCCCUCUCAGCCCCCGGGAACUAUCUCACUGACAAGCAGCAGUCAUUCGAGAUAGCGCUGGAAUCAGUCCAAGAGUCUAAAGAACGGGACCCGAAGUCAACCAAACCAGAACAAAGCAGUCAGAACGCUCCGAAAGCUCAAACCAACGCUAAAGCUCAAGAGAAAGAGAACAAGCAGAAUGGAGACAGGAAGGAGAACAAGGGAAGGUGAUGCAGAGCGCCCGCGCCUCGCGCUUCCCCUUGACUCCGUCGAGUCUAGCAACCGGUCUACCGAUUUGUCGUUCGUUUCAAACUUGGAUACUGUUACUGUGUAAAGGCAAAAGCUAAACAUGUUUACAGUUUGCAUCAAAUAAGUUAUGUUUUUGCUAAAUUAGUUGUUUAUAGAAAAUUACAUUGUUUGACAUUUUCUGGUUUUCCGUAGAAGGUAUUUUACAUGGCAAAAGGCAAUGUUUACAUCAUUGUCAAUGUAUAUGUUACCGUUAAAUUGUAAAAUACCGUUAGCUUAUAAUCUCACUCGUGAUAUUAUAAUCUGCCGUCAUAUUGUGAACUGGAAAUACUAAUUACAAUUUAACGUGUUACUUUCACGAGUGAGAUUAUAAACUAGUAUUUUACAAUCUAACGGUGACGUAUACAUGCAAUUUAUCGAGUAUCAAAUUCAUGUUAAAGGUGCUCGGCUUUAUCCUCUGAUAGACAUUGACUUAGCGAAUAAUCUAGCUGUAAAUAAGACCAUAAUAACCAGCAAUGUAAAAUAUAUUUAACUACCUACUACAGAUAUUCAAAAACCGGACAAAAUUGGUGUGAACUGUAUGCAUUGUUUAGUAAUCGUUAUCACUCUACACUUUACUUCUUUGGCGUAGUUGCUUUGUAACUCUGAACGUAAACGCUCACACCAUGGCGCCACCUACCGUGGUCUUUGCCCAUAGUGCGGUAAUCAUCCAUAGCCGAAAUAUUGAAUCCCAGAACUCCAGAUUGAUUCUUAUUAUUAGGUAUUGUUACGGACUAGGGUUCGAGGAUUUGAAAACACCUGGUGACUCGAAACUCUAUCGUUCGGAAAACUAUAUCGUUCGGUCCGACGCGUAUUUAUACCAGCCACAACGAUUUCUAGAUUAUUCUUGGAAUGCCUAACACGUGUACGCCGAAGACGUUCUACGAAAUUCGGCGUAAACAAGGUCAUAAACCUUUCUUAUCUCAAAUGGUAAACAACCCGACAUGGGCGAGCGAUUAUGAACCCUAUGUUUUUAGUAAUAGAGUUCUCCGUAACAAUAUUAUAAAACAACUGCGCCACAGAAGAUUUUGUGAUAUUUUGUGUUUUCUGCAGAAGUUAAGUUCUGUUAUUUUGGUUAGUGAUUUUGUUUAAGGUUUACUUUACUAACAAAAACAUUUAUUUACAUACAAACUAUAGUGAGCAGAAAGCUAUAUUUACUUAUUUUUCACUAGAAUUUAUUUAUUUAUGAUAUAUUUACGAGUACAUUGCUACAACUUAAUUAAUAAAUGAAACUUAAUAAUUAACUACAAGUCCGCUUAGCAUUUUCCUAAAAACUCUAAAGUCAAUUUAUUGCGUAGUACUUAUAUUAUAACAUACUGAAAAUUAAUAUAGAAGAGGUAUUUAACAUAAGGGGAAUGCAUGUGCUUGUUCCAAGGUUGACUUGCUUAAGACCUUUAAAAAUAUUUAUGUAUAAUUGCAUUUUCAUAUCACAAAGGGUUCUCUAUUAAUAAGGCAGAUUAAAACUAUAAAUUGCCUAUCGCAAAUAAAUACAAAUUAAUUUACGAAAUAAGAGUGCUAAUACGAAAUAAGCACAAAAGGUAGGAACAUGAUUUUUAUAUAUUUUUUUUAAUUACUGAACCCAAAUGAUUAAUGCAGUCAGCCUUAGAAUGUAUUAGUGCAAGAAGGCAGUUACUGAAAUGAUAUUUUUAUAGUGAAUCGUAUAGUUAGAAUGUGAUUUUUCUAAUUCUUGAUAUAUUUCUCUUUUGAAAUGUCUAGUCUAUUGCAACUGUACAUAACUCUCAAAUUUUUCACGAUUUUUCAUAAAUUAUUAUGGUAAUAAAUUGCACUUAAUUUUUAUCAAGGAAUUAUUUGAAUUAUCUUUAGAUAUUUUAGAAAAACUUCAAUUGUAUUUAUAAUAAUAUUAUGAAUAGACUUUACCUACACAGUUUUUAUAUGUCAAAGUUUAUUAAAUUUUCGUUCAAGUUAUGGCACAAAUGUGAUUAAAUCAUUAUUUGAUAUUACAUAACGUUAUUUUGUGUAGUUAUUACUUACUGUAUUUUACUUAAUUUUAAAAAUUAAAAAAAAAUAUAUGUAUAUUACAUUAAGAAAUUUAUUUUUAUAUACUUAAUUAUGAAUUCAUACUUUAAAUGCUCAAAUAAUAUUUUAUCAUAAGAAAUAUUGUAAAUAAUAUUAGUCAUAGGAAAGUAAUAAUACUACCCUCCGUUUAAUAAUUAUGAAUUUGAUGAAGAAAACAUUUUAAAUAUCUGUUUUAAAAGUCAUUUCGUACCCAAUUUGUAGUUCCUGGAAAUUACAUCGAAAAUGGCUCUGUCCAAAUUUUAUGAAAAAGUAAGAAUUUUAAUCGUUAGUUUUCGGAUUAUGACUCCUUAGACAAAAUAUAAACAUUCUUUACGAUCGAUCCGAUAAUGUAAAUAUUUAGUUUAAAAGAUGAGAUAAAACACUGUCCUGUGAUUUAUAAUGAAAUUAUAAUCAUUUUCAAAAAUAUAAAUAUAAAGUUUAUAUUGGCUUAACGGAAGUCAUAAAAACGUUUAAAAUUUUAUUAAAUAGGAAUUUUACAUAAUAGGUACUUAAAUAAAUUAAAGAACGCCUAAGAGCAAUUUCGAUUUGAAUAUUUGCUCUUAUAUUGCUUAAUGCAGGCGUUAAUUUACGAAGAGAUAUAUGCAAGUGUGACUGUUUGUCAAUCCACAAUAAAUAAGUGUAAUAGUUUACACUUUCCAAUAAGUUUUGUGCAUCUGUAACAUAAAGAAACUGAUGGUGUAAGUAUAGAUACAAAAUCGAAAUCAAAAUUAAAAAUAAAAGUUAUAAUCGUAAUGAAAUGUUCAUACUUGCAUGUAAAUCUCCGAUUAAUUUAAAAUUGACCAAUUUUUAUCAACAUUUUGAAAACAUAGAUGUCUACGUAAAGUAAAAAUCUCAUUACUCAACGUAAUUCCACCUGAAUCUUAAUAAAAUAAUCUUUUACCAACUUUUGGUCAAACCUGCCAGCUUUCCUUUAAGCUUAGGCCAUAACACAGGGUGUCUCUUUUUAUAGUGUAAUACCACGAAUGUACGUCAUUCUAAAUCAAUAAUGUGAAAUUCCAAAACUAUUUUGUCAAAACGUCUAUUGAUUUCAGUGUUUAUAUUUGCCACAUUUCAUUGCUUAAAAUAGAUAUACAGUGGAAUUCAUAAACGUUGCAUGGGCACCCCCAGGGUACCAUUCACCCGCUGACUGUUGAAUUUUUAAACGCAUAGAGUUUGAAUUCAACACGAUAAACGAUCCCUGGGGGCGUCACGACGUCAGGCCACAACGCCUAUGAUUUCCACAGUUAAAAUGCUUUCGUUUUAGACAUUUCAUAUAAUGAAAUAUGACGUACUUAUAAAUCGAGGUAUUACUACUAAUAACCUUUCCAAAUGACUUAAGUCCAGCAUAGAUAUUAGGAUGUUUUGUAAUUUCGCGUUUUAUCUUUGGCAAGCGAAUGGUCCAAAUAUAUAAAUUGCCUUUUCAUGUUGUGAUAGGUGACUAGAUAUAAAUGCUUUUAUUAUAUUAUUAUUAUUAUAUUAAAAUCCGGUAGGUUUAUAAAAUUGUCUCUUAAUGUAUCUAAGUACAACUUUGAAAUUCAAUACGCUUUUGAAGCCUAACAAUUUUGCUAGGAUUGUUCUUGUCAAAUAUUCUGCAAAGGUAAAGUUUUAAUAAUAUACGAGUACUUACACCGACCUAGACAAGUCAAGGACAAAGCAUAUGUCGAACCUGCAGGCUAAUUCACUAACUUACGUACGUAUAAUAAUUGACAUUCACGAAAUUGAGAUUUUAUGUUAUGUCAUCCGAUGCCUAUUGACAACCUAUCGUGAAUAUCAUAUAUAAACUGAGAAAUCAACUACCUUAGAUGAAAUUUAUCAGUUGAUUUGAUGUCUAAAGAUUUUUAAUAAAGAUCAAAUUAGUGAAUAGGCCGCCUAGUGGAAAAUCAUUGUUUAUAGCAGAACAACAUUUUGAAGUGCAUCAAGAACUUCGCCUACAAUACUCUCUUGCGUUGGUUCUACUAAGUGUUAUGUGUACCAAGUAAUUACAAUGCUAUACACACAAGCAAAGUAAACGGGAUAAGGUCUUUCAUAAAAGUCCUACUUACUACUGUAGCCGUACAAUCCACAUUUGUUAUCAAUGAUAAGAUUUACCUUCCAUCGUAUUUUCCAUUGUAUUGUAUUCGAUUUCAAGACAUAUGAGUAUCAUUACUGUUAUUUUACUAAGAACAUACCUUUCACACCGAAAAAAGCGAUGCUGUGGCAACAGUUACAUAUGGCAACUAUAAGUAGGAGUUUAGGAUUAUUUUUUAUUUUUAUUAUUUAUAAUUAUAUUUAAUUUGUAAGCCUUUGCAGAAUAUAUUAUUCAUAAAAAGUAACUCAAUUUUAUUGUGUAAGUUUGUUUCUGCUGAUUUUGAAUUUUGAAUCAAAUCCAAUAAACACGUUUUAAUCUGAA